ACUUACGUUUUGUAUUUAGUUCAGAUAGUGUUGAGCACAGAAUAGGAAAUAGAGAAAAAAUUUUGUUAAAAUCUUGCGACAAAAAUUGCAUCAUGGUUAUUAGAGAAGCCGUAAUCUUCUUGGCUGUAGCGUUGACAUGCGCUACGGCACAGUCACCAUGCGCUUGUCCGAAGAACCGACGACCCGUUUGUGGCUCCGAUGGCAUCUCGUACAGCAACAUCUGCACCUUCCGCUGUGAACAGGCCUCCGACUCCCGCCUAACUCUUCGACACGAAGGGGAGUGCAAUUCUAGAAUAAAGAGAUCGAUUCAGAAUCAGUUGCGCUGCCCUUGCACCAGGGAGCUCCGGUAUGUGUGCGGCAGUGAUGGACAGACGUACCACAACCCCUGUCUCUUAAAAUGCGCAGCUAAAACAAAUCCGCACCUGAAGAAACUGCACGACGGAGUGUGUAAAGAGAAUAAGAUAAUAAAAAGGUCGAUACAGAAUCAGACCCAAUUGGGCUGCCCUUGCACCAGGGAGCUCCGGUAUGUGUGCGGCAGUGAUGGACAGACGUACCACAACCCCUGUCUGUUAAAAUGCGCAGCCAAAACAAAUCCGCACCUGAAGAAACUGCACGACGGAAUGUGUAAAGAUAAUAAGAUAAUAAAAAGAUCGAUUCAGAAUCAGAACCAAUUGGGCUGCCCUUGCACCAGGGAGCUCCGGUAUGUGUGCGGCAGUGAUGGGCAGACGUACCAUAACCCCUGUCUGUUAAAAUGCGCAGCUAUAGCAAAUCCGCAUUUGAAGAAACUGCACGACGGAGUGUGUAAAGAGAAUAAGAAAAUAAAAAGAUCGAUUCAGAAUCAAAGCAAAUUGGGCUGCCCUUGCACCAGGGAGCUCCGCUAUGUGUGUGGUAGUGAUGGACAGACGUACCACAACCCCUGUCUGUUAAAAUGCGCAGCCAAAACAAAUCCGCACCUGAAGAAACUGCACGACGGAGUGUGUAAAAAGAAUAAGAUAAUAAAAAGAUCGAUUCAGAAUCAGACCCAAUUGGGCUGCCCUUGCACCAGGGAGCUCCGCUAUGUGUGCGGCAGUGAUGGACAGACGUACCACAACCCCUGUCUGUUAAAAUGCGCAGCCAAAACAAAUCCGCACCUGAAGAAACUUCACGAAGGAAAGUGUAAACAAAAUACAAGAUUAAAGAGAUCAAUUCAGAACCAGCAGAGCUGCCCUUGUACCAAGGAGAUCCGUCAAGUCUGCGGCAAUGACGGGCGGACCUACAAUAACCCUUGUCUAUUGGAGUGCGCAGCAAAAACCAACCCAAAUUUGGAAAAACUUUCCGAUGGUGCUUGUGUGUCAAAAUUGUUUAAUUUCCUCCAGCCUUUGUGUACAUGCACCUAUCAGAUUGAGUACGUAUGCGGAACCGAUGGCGUCACAUACGACAAUCCCUGCUUAUUGAAGUGCGCUGCUUUGACUAAUCCUCGUCUGGCCAUAACUUACAGAGAACCAUGCAAAGACAGCUAAAAUUUGUAUAAAAUGUGUAUUGUUUGUUGUGCGAUAUUAUUGUUAAUUAUCAUAGUAUUUAUUGUGUGUGAAUGUGAACUUUGUCUAUAACUUGAAUGAAUUUUGACCAAUGUUAUAAGAUGUAAAAUUGUAUUUUUUGUAGUUCUCAUUAGACACCUAGUUAUUCAC